AUGACCUCCACAGUUGCCUCCACAACCUCUUCCGAGACCUCCACGGCCUCCUCAACCACUCCAGGGACCUCCACAGGACUCACAUCAACCCCUGUGAGCUCCACAGUGGCCUCCACUACGUCACCUGAGACCUCCACGGCCUUUACUUCCACUCCAGGCACCUCCACAGGCCUCACCUCCACUCCGGGGACCUCCACAGCGGCCUCCACCACCUCAGCUGAGACCUCCACAGCCUCCAGUACAACUGCAGGCACCUCCACUGGCCUCACUUCAACACCAGGCACCUCCACAUCUGCCUCCACCACCUCCUCCGAAACCUCCACGGCCUCCUCUUCUACUCCGGUCACCUCCACAGGUGUCACCUCCAGCCCCGUGACCUCUGCACCGGCCUCCACCACCUCAGCUGAGACCUCUACCAUCUCCAGCACAAUUCAAGCAACAUCCACGGGCCUCACCUCCACUGCGGGGACCUCCACAGUGGCCUCCACCACGUCAGAUGAGACCUCCACGGCCUCCACUACAACUUCCGGCACCUCCACGGGCCUCACCUCCACACCAUUGACCUCCACAGUGGCCUCCACCACCUCUUCCGAAACCUCCACGGCCUCAUCAACAUCUCCAGGUACCUCCACAGGCCUCACCUCCACUCCUUUGACCUCCACAGUGGCCUCCACCACAUCAGCUGAGACCUCCACGGCCUCCACUACAACUUCCGGCACCUCCACAGGCCUCACCUCCACUCCGGGGACCUCCACAGCGGCCUCCGCCACCUCAGCUGAGACAUCCAUGGCCUACAGUACAACUCCAGGCACCUCCAGCGGCCUGACCUCCACUCCAGUGACCACUACCACGGCUGCCACAACCUCCCCAGAGACUUCCACAGCGUCCUCAACAUCUCCAGGAACCUCCACAGGCCUCACCUCCACACACAUGACCUCCACUGUUGCCUCCACCACGACCCAGGAGACCUCCAUGGCCUCAUCAACAUCUCCAGGUACCUCCACUGUCCUCACCUCCACUGCUUUGACCUCCACAACGGCCUCUACCACCUCCUCAGAGACCUCAACAGCCUCCAGCACAACUCCAGGCACCUCCACAGGCCUCACCUCCACUCCUUUGACCUCCACAUCCGCCUCCACCACCUCCUCAGAGGCCUCCACAGCGUCCUCAACAUCUCCAGGCACUUCCACGGGUCUGACCACCACACCCAUGACCUCCACAGUUGCCUCCACAACCUCUUCCGAGACCUCCACGGCCUCCUCAACCACUCCAGGGACCUCCACAGGACUCACAUCAACCCCUGUGAGCUCCACAGUGGCCUCCACUACGUCACCUGAGACCUCCACGGCCUUUACUUCCACUCCAGGCACCUCCACAGGCCUCACCUCCACUCCGGGGACCUCCACAGCGGCCUCCACCACCUCAGCUGAGACCUCCACAGCCUCCAGUACAACUGCAGGCACCUCCACUGGCCUCACUUCAACACCAGGCACCUCCACAGUGGCCUCCACCACCUCCUCCGAAACCUCCACGGCCUCCUCUUCUACUCCGGUCACCUCCACAGGCGUCACCUCCAGCCCCGUGACCUCUGCACCGGCCUCCACCACCUCAGCUGAGACCUCUACCGUCUCCAGCACAACUCAACCAACAUCCAUGGGCCUCACCUCCACUCUGGGGACCUCCACAGCUGCCUCCACCACGUCAGAUGAGACCUCCACGGCCUCCACUACAACUUCCGGCACCUCCACAGGCCUCACCUCCACUCCGGGGACCUCCACAGCGGCCUCCACCACCUCAGCUGAGACCUCCACAGCCUCCAGUACAACUGCAGGCACCUCCACUGGCCUCACUUCAACACCAGGCACCUCCACAGCGGCCUCCACCACCUCCUCCGAAACCUCCACGGCCUCCUCUUCUACUCCGGUCACCUCCACAGGUGUCACCUCCAGCCCCGUGACCUCUGCACCGGCCUCCACCACCUCAGCUGAGACCUCUACCAUCUCCAGCACAAUUCAAGCAACAUCCACGGGCCUCACCUCCACUGCGGGGACCUCCACAGUGGCCUCCACCACGUCAGCUGAGACCUCCACGGCCUCCACUACAACUUCCGGCACCUCCACGGGCCUCACCUCCACACCAUUGACCUCCACAGUGGCCUCCACCACCUCUUCCGAAACCUCCACGGCCUCAUCAACAUCUCCAGGCCUCACCUCCACUCCACGGACCUCCACAGCGGCCUCCACCACAUCAGCUGAGACCUCCACGGCCUACAGUACAACUCCAGGCACCUCCAGCGGCCUGACCACCACUCCAGUGACCACUACCACGGCUGCCACCACCUCCCCAGAGACUUCCACAGUGUCCUCAACAUCUCCAGGAACCUCCACAGUACUCACCUCCACACACAUGACCUCCACUGUGGCCUCCACCACCUCUUCUGAGACCUCCACGGCCUCCUCUUCCACGCCAGGAACCUCCACAGUACUCACCUCCACUCUGGGGACCUCGACUGUGGCCUCCACCAUGACCCAGGAGACCUCCACGGCCUCCUCAACAUCUCCAGGAACCUCCACUGUCCUCACCUCCACUCCUUUGACCUCCACAACGGCCUCUACCACCUCCUCAGAGACCUCAACAGCCUCCAGUUCAACUCCAGGCACCUCCACAGGCCUCACCUCCACUCCUUUGACCUCCACAUCUGCCUCCACCACCUCCUCAGAGGCCUCCACAGCAUCCUCAACAUCUCCAGGCACUUCCACGGGUCUGACCACCACACCCAUGACCUCCACAGUUGCCUCCACAACCUCUUCCGAGACCUCCACGGCCUCCUCAACCACUCCAGGGACCUCCACAGGACUCACAUCAACCCCUGUGAGCUCCACAGUGGCCUCCACUACGUCACCUGAGACCUCCACGGCCUUUACUUCCACUCCAGGCACCUCCACAGGCCUCACCUCCACUCCUUUGACCUCCACAUCUGCCUCAACCACCUCCUCAGAGGCCUCCACAGCGUCCUCAACAUCUCCAGGCACUUCCACGGGUCUGACCACCACACCCAUGACCUCCACAGUUGCCUCCACAACCUCUUCCGAGACCUCCACGGCCUCCUCAACCACUCCAGGGACCUCCACAGGACUCACAUCAACCCCUGUGAGCUCCACAGUGGGCUCCACUACGUCACCUGAGACCUCCACGGCCUUUACUUCCACUCCAGGCACCUCCACAGGCCUCACCUCCACUCCGGGGACCUCCACAUCUGCCUCCACCACCUCAGCUGAGACCUCCACAGCCUCCAGUACAACUGCAGGCACCUCCACUGGCCUCACUUCAACACCAGGCACCUCCACAGCGGCCUCCACCACCUCCUCCGAAACCUCCACGGCCUCCUCUUCUACUCCGGUCACCUCCACAGGCGUCACCUCCAGCCCCGUGACCUCUGCACCGGCCUCCACCACCUCAGCUGAGACCUCUACCGCCUCCAGCACAACUCAAGCAACAUCCAUGGGCCUCACCUCCACUCCGGGGACCUCCACAGCUGCCUCCACCACGUCAGAUGAGACCUCCACGGCCUCCUCUUCCACUCCAGGAACCUCCACAGGACUCACCUCCCCACCACUGACCUCCACAGUUGCCUCUACCACCUCCUCAGAGACCUCAACAGCCUCCAGCACAGCUCCAGGGACCUCGAUUGGCCUCACCUCCACUCCGGGGACCUCCACAGCGGCCUCCACCACAUCAGCUGAGACCUCCACGGCCUCCACUACAACUUCCGGCACCUCCACAGGCCUCACCUCCACACCAUUGACCUCCACAGUGGCCUCCACCACCUCUUCCGAAACCUCCGCGGCCUCAUCAACAUCUCCAGGUACCUCCACAGGCCUCACCUCUACUCCACGGACCUCCACAGCGGCCUCCACCACCUCAGCUGAGACCUCCACGGCCUACAGUACAACUCCAGGCACCUCCAGCGGCCUGACCUCCACUCCAGUGACCACUACCACGGCUGCCACCACCUCCCCAGAGACUUCCACAGCGUCCUCAACAUCUCCGGGAACCUCCACAGGCCUCACCUCCACACACAUGACCUCCACUGUGGCCUCCACCACCUCUUCUGAGACCUCCACGGCCUCCUCUUCCACGCCAGGAACCUCCACAGUACUCACCUCCACUCUGGGGACCUUGACUGUGGCCUCCACCAUGACCCAGGAGACCUCCACGGCCUCAUCAACAUCUCCAGGAACCUCCACUGUCCUCACCUCCACUCCUUUGACCUCCACAACGGCCUCUACCACCUCCUCAGAGACCUCAACAGCCUCCAGUUCAACUCCAGGCACCUCCACAGGCCUCACCUCCACUCCUUUGACCUCCACAUCUGCCUCCACCACCUCCUCAGAGGCCUCCACAGCAUCCUCAACAUCUCCAGGCACUUCCACGGGUCUGACCACCACACCCAUGACCUCCACAGUUGCCUCCACAACCUCUUCCGAGACCUCCACGGCCUCCUCAACCACUCCAGGGACCUCCACAGGACUCACAUCAACCCCUGUGAGCUCCACAGUGGCCUCCACUACGUCACCUGAGACCUCCACGGCCUUUACUUCCACUCCAGGCACCUCCACAGGCCUCACCUCCACUCCGGGGACCUCCACAGCGGCCUCCACCACCUCAGCUGAGACCUCCACAGCCUCCAGUACAACUGCAGGCACCUCCACUGGCCUCACUUCAACACCAGGCACCUCCACAUCUGCCUCCACCACCUCCUCCGAAACCUCCACGGCCUCCUCUUCUACUCUGGUCACCUCCACAGGUGUCACCUCCAGCCCCGUGACCUCUGCACCGGCCUCCACCACCUCAGCUGAGACCUCUACCAUCUCCAGCACAACUCAACCAACAUCCACGGGCCUCACCUCCACUCCGGGGACCUCCACAGCGGCCUCCACCACAUCAGCUGAGACCUCCACGGCCUCCACUACAACUUCCGGCACCUCCACGGGCCUCACCUCCACACCAUUGAUCUCCACAGUGGCCUCCACCACCUCUUCCGAAACCUCCACGGCCUCAUCAACAUCUCCAGGGACCUCCACCGGCCCCACCACCACACCUUUGACCUCCACAUCUGCCUCCACCACAUCAGCUGAGACCUCCACAGCCUCCAGUACAACUGCAGGCACCUCCACUGGCUUCACUUCAACACCAGGCACCUCCACAGCGGCCUCCACCACCUCCUCCGAAACCUCCACGGCCUCCUCUUCUACUCCGGUCACCUCCACAGGUGUCACCUCCAGUCCCGUGACCUCUGCACCGGCCUCCAUCACCUCAGCUGAGACCUCUACCAUCUCCAGCACAAUUCAAGCAACAUCCACGGGCCUCACCUCCACUGCGGGGACCUCCACAGCGGCCUCCACCACAUCAGCUGAGACCUCCACGGCCUCCACUACAACUUCCGGCACCUCCACGGGAACCUCCACUGUCCUCACCUCCACACCAGUGACCUCCACAUCAGCCUCUACAACCGCAUUUGAGACCUCCACGGCCUCCACUUCUACUCCAGGGACCACCACAGGCCUCAGCUCCACUCAAGUGACCCCAACAGUCACCUCCACCACCUCCCAAGAGACCUCCUUGGCCCCCAGUACAACUCCAGGAACCUCCACAGGCCUCACUUCAACACCUCUGAGUUCCACGGUGGCCUCCACCACGUCCUCUUCCACCUCCAUGGCCUCCUCAACCACUCCAGGGACCUCCACAGGCUUCACCUCCACUCCCGUGACUUCCUCAACGGCCUCCAUCACGUCUGGAUUGUCUUCUUCUCCGUUUACCACCACUGAAACCACCUCAACUGGUGUCACUUCCACUACCACCACCCCAACGACCACCACCACGCCAACCACCACCACCACCAGCACCCCAACGACCACCACCACAACGACCACCACCACCACCAGCCCAACGACCACAACCACCACCACCACCACCACCGUUCCUGCAGUGGUCUGCCAGAACGGAGGCACCUAUGACUCCAUCAAGUGCCUCUGCCUCCCCGACUUCUACGGCCCCUUGUGCGAGUUCUCCAGUGACUCCAUCACCACUGACCUCCCCAUCGAGGGGACGAUCGUGGCCAACGUGGAGCUGGUGGUGACCGUCACCAACUUCAAUUACACGGAGGAGCUGCAGGACCCCUUCUCGCAGGCCUACGAGGACUUCGUGAGGCAUUUUCGGCAGGAGAUGGCCAAGAUCUACGGCUCCGUGCCCGGCUAUGAGGGCGUGAAGAUCCUCCGCAUCGGGCCGGCGACCUCCAGCAGGCAGGGAGCCCGGGUGCGCAGGGCCUCUGUGUCCCUCCCCGUGGGCACCGGCCUCGAGGUGGAGCACGAGGUCAUCUUCAGAACCAUCGCCAGCCCCAACAUGACUGAGGAGUUCCAGGAGAAGACGGAGAAGCUGGUGCAGAAGCUUCAGGAGACCGCCGAAAGCCAGGGCGACUGCAAGCACGACCUCUCCGUCGUCUGCCUUGUGGUGUCGUCCAGCCCCGUCGUCAAGAACAUGACAGAGUCCCCUUCGCUUGAUGGUGAGGCCAGGGUGCCCCCACGGACCCCCCAUGUGCCCCCCUGA